CACAUUCUUGGGCGCCUCGUCACUUCCCCUGCCCUGGCCAUCCCGGUGGCUCACUGAGCGAACUCACUGGACGCGGCCGGGCUAUGACCCUAGGAGCGCUGCUGCUGCUGCUGCUGCUGCUGGGGGCGCCGUUCGCCCCGGGCGCCCGCGGCUCGGAGGCAGAAGGCCGGCUCCGCAAGAAACUUUUCUCGGGCUAUGACAGCUCGGUGCGGCCGGCGCGCGAGGUCGGAGACCGCGUCGGGGUCAGCAUUGGUCUCCAACUGGCGCAGCUCAUCAGCCUGAACGAGAAGGAUGAGGAGAUGAGCACAAAGGUGUACUUAGACCUGGAGUGGAAUGACUACAGGCUGAGCUGGGACCCCGCCGAGUACGAAGGCAUCGAUUUACUGCGCAUCACGGCUGGAUCCGUGUGGCUCCCAGACGUGGUGCUACUGAACAACAAUGACGGCAAUUUUGACGUCGCGCUGGACAUUAACGUCGUGGUCACCUCCGAUGGCUCCGUGCGCUGGAAGCCCCCUGGCAACUAUCGCAGUAGCUGCAGCAUCCAGGUCACCUACUUCCCCUUUGACUGGCAGAACUGCACCAUGGUGUUUCGUUCCUAUAGCUAUGACAGCUCAGAGGUCAGCCUGCACACUGGUGUGGGCCUGGAUGGGCAGGAACGGCAGGAAGUGGACAUUCAUGAAGGGACCUUCAUUGCCUCCGCUGCUCUAGAAUGUGGUAGAGCAAGCCAUAACCGGCACCAGCAAGGACCAGGCCCCACAUCUGUGUCCCCUUCUCCUGUUCUUCUUCCCCUUCACCAAGAGAAUGGCCAAUGGGAGAUUAUCCACAAGCCCUCUCGGCUAAUCCAGCCUCCAGGGGAUCCUAGGGGAGCGGGAGAGGGACAGCAUCAAGAAGUCACCUUCUACCUCAUCAUUCGCCGCAGACCUCUCUUCUACCUGGUCAAUGUCAUUGCCCCAUGCAUCCUCAUCACUCUCCUGGCCAUCUUCGUCUUCUACCUGCCGCCAGAUGCAGGAGAGAAGAUGGGGCUCUCAAUCUUUGCCCUGCUGACUCUUACUGUGUUCCUGUUGCUGCUGGCAGACAAAGUGCCCGAGACCUCCCUGGCUGUCCCCAUCAUCAUUAAGUACCUCAUGUUUACCAUGGUCCUCGUCACCUUCUCAGUCAUCCUCAGCGUUGUUGUCCUCAACCUGCACCAUCGCUCACCUCACACCCACCAAAUGCCCCUUUGGGUCCGUCAGAUCUUUAUCCACAAGCUGCCUCUGUACCUGGGCCUGAAGAGGCCCAAGCCUGAGAGAGACCAGAUGCCGGAGCCGCCCCCUGCAGCCCUCAGGGAGUCUCCGGGGAGUGGCUGGGGUCGGGGAACAGAUGAAUACUUCAUCCGGAAGCCACCGAACGAUUUCCUCUUCCCCAAACCCAACAGGUUCCAGCCUGAGUUGUCUGCCCUGGAUCUACGGCGAUUUAUCGAUGGUCCAAACCGGGCUGUGGGCCUGCCCGCCGAGUUACGGGAGGUCGUUUCCUCCAUCAGUUACAUCGCUCGACAGCUGCAGGAACAGGAGGACCACGAUGCGUUGAAGGAAGACUGGCAAUUUGUGGCCAUGGUAGUGGACCGCCUCUUCCUGUGGACCUUCAUCAUCUUCACGAGUGUCGGGACCCUCGUCAUCUUCCUGGACGCCACAUACCACUUGCCCCCGCCCGACCCCUUUCCCUAGGACCUAGAGUCAAGACCUAAGUCCUCGGUCAGCUGAAUUGAGAGCUUGGCCCUUUCCCUUUCUGCCUCUUAACUCCUUCACUAGGGAUCCAGUCGUGUCAUUUUGUUUCCAGGGAGAACCUAGGUGGGAGUGGGCAUACGGAAGCCUUGGGCCCACCAGAAAUGCACUAUCAGUUUAUUUACUCUUUGGCUUCUUAAAGAAACUCUUUUGACUAUCAACACCCAGGUUCCCAGUAAAAAGGAACAAAGAGCAAGAAUGAGACUGUAAGCCUUAUGAGUGCAGGAACUGUGUCUUGUACCCCCAGCACCUAGCACAUGUCCUGCUUAAUAUUUGUUGAAUAAAUAGGGAACUUUUUUUCUGGAAGGAAA